AAAUACUCUGUGGCAAAGGCGCUGCCAUCGUUCAAUUCAAGCUAUUCCUCUUUCUCUAAUUUGUGAGCCGUACAUUAUCAGUUCAGUUAUGUCCUAAGACUUGAUGUUUUAGCCAUUUAGCUAUUAUAACUAUAUAUUAUAACUCGCUGUUAAGUGAACGAUAAUUACUAAUAAGUAAUAAUCUAAAAAAUCCUCCCGGGAAACACCGUCAUGGCGUCAUACAUGGAAAUGAGUCUCGAAGACAUCAUCAAGCGAAAGAAGAGGGAAAAUGUCAGAAUGAAAGGUCCACAAGGUGUUCCAAAAAGAAGCAGGCCACCAAAAAAAGAUGUACCUCCGACGAAACGGCCCAUUUUUGAUGCUCGCAACAAAAUAAUAUCUAAAAAGAGAACACAAAUAACUGAUGCACGGGAGAAAUUAGCACAACUCGCGAAGCAAAAGGAUGCUAGAUUGAAAUUAGAACAAAUGCGGAAGAAAAGGAUGUCUAUGACUCAUAUACAGGGGAAAAAACUUUACACAUCCCAAAGUCGCCAAAAGUUUAUGAAAAAUCCUCCUAUAUUAAAUGAUGAAGUAGUUUUUGUAGAUCGGACUAGACAAGUUGUAUCUCAGCCCUUGUCUAGGACACUCCAGUCGCGGUCGCUCACAGCGCGUCGACAAGUAAACCACAAAAGGUUAUUGGAAUCUAGGUCUAUUGGACCUAGAUCUUCAGGUGACGUACCAAAAUUGAAACCUAUCCUAAGAACAGUUGAGAAUGACCUAGACAUCAUAGAUGAUCCCAUGGGAGAAGAGUAUGUACCUCCUAAACCAUCAGCAUUGAAUCGCAACGCUAAUUUACAACUCCGAAUUAUUGCUCAUAAUAAUGAUAUUCGUGAAAGCAGAAGCUCAGUUCACAGGCAAUCUUCACCAGUGAGACAGAAGAGUCCUCCUAGACCUCCUUCAAUCCUGAAGAAGCGACCAAUGGCAGCUCUUAGAAAUGAAAAGAAAACAGACAAACCAUCUUUAGAAUACAGAAUAAUAGUAAGCAAUCUGCGAAACACAGUUACAGGAGGGGAUAUUGAGGAACUAUUUGGCGAUGUUGGCGGCAUGGUAGAAUCACGCCUAGUGCGCCCAGGCACUGCCGAGGUAAUAUACAAGUCUGUAGAAGACGCACAGAAGGCUGUGGAGCUCUAUCACAACAGGCAACUAGAUGGACAGCCAAUGAACUGCCUGCUAGUCACCCCACGCUCGUCAACAGCAGCUCCUACCGCCAGAAAUGGCAGUAAACCAGCCCUGUAUAGCACCAACUCAAAUGUGGAACCAGACAUAUCCACCUUCCACAAAGUGCUUUUCAGUAAUUUCUAGAUCAUACGAAUUAAUCAAGAGCACCUUGUAUUGACUAUGAAAGGAAGAGUUUUACGAAACUUCGAAUUUGUAUAAACUGAGCAUUGCAUUGUUUAUGUAUAUGAGUUAUUUUGGAUUCGAUUAAAUAUAUAUAAGUCCGCAAUUAUCGCAGUAAUAACAUUAAAAUAUGUACUUAAGUGUUAACAUCAUAUCACACAAACAGUUUUUGAUUAGGUAUCGAGGGACAGACAUUGCAAAGCGGUUACUGACGUGACGAAUUCGAUGGUCUAAAAAUAUACAUAAGAAUCUGGUGUAAUAUAAACAGUGUGUACACUGUUAAGUCUGGUUCGCUUAGCUAUAUAACAUAAACAGCCUG